CUUGAUGAAUCGUAAAUGACAGGUGUCUUAUUUUUCCAUUUCACAAAGUCGUCUGCAAGUGGUACUCAACAACUUGUGAAAAUGUCACGAUAUUUAACGAAAUUUAGAUUGGCGAUACCUCUAGUUAUUCAGACCAGGCAAUUAAAUGCUCAUAGAGCGUCAAUCGGUAGUAUUGGACGAUCUAUCUACGUGAGAACAUACCCCACUUUGCUUGUACAACCUGACGGUUCUACAAUAACCGUACAAUAUAAUGAACCUCGCGCAAUAAUAAAGCUGCCUCUGGACUUUAGUACGCUAUCUGAAGCUGAGAAGCAAAAACGACUAGCCCAAAGGAAGCCAAAGAAAAAGGUCAAGAUUGAAGAGGAAAUUGAAGACACAUUUGAUCAAGAUUCAUAUUCACAUUUAUGGAAAAAAUAAGAUGACAGCUGAUACACAAAUAGUACGAAAAAUAAACUAAAUUUAACAAUA